AUUUUAUUCUAUGUGGCAAAUGUCAAACUAAACAAAGCAAGUGAAGUGACAAACACAAUGCAUUGUGUGAAUUUUGCGCGCCGUAAGUUAUAAUAAGAAGUAAUCUAAAUUAAUAACUUUGAUAAAUGGAAAUUUGAUAAAUGGUUAUAAAUAAAAUAUAUUUCGAAUUAGAAUCAAUUGUUUCAUAUAUAUUUAGCCAAUUUGAAUGAGUAAUAGUCUGAAAUAUCAGGGAGAAAAAGGUAGCGUACCCUUACCAUUGUGUUGUGUUAGAUCGGAAAAAGAUGCCUCCUUCAAAGCGCAGAGAAAGGGAUUCUAACUGUAAUGCAGGUGGAGGACUUACGGUUAGUAAUACUUCCGAGGAGACAAAACUUAAUUCCAGGCAACAAGAACAGGAGUUAUUUAUACAAGCGUUCGAGAAACCUACACAAAUAUAUCGUUUUCUUCGAAGUCGACAUGCAACAAGCCCCAUUUUUCUUAACCGCACAUUAAUUUACAUGAAGGAUCGCAUGUCGCGUAACCAUAAAAACCGCCAAACAUUUAAGGUUAAUUCAAUUUUAGAAACAAAAGCAAGAAAAACAGAACCGUCAAAUAACUUCCUUAACAUAGUAAUGAAGGGAAUUUUUGAUGAGCGAAGUGGGAUUGAGCAGUUAUUUGAUGAUGGGGAGGAAAUAUGCGUUGAAUGUAAUCUAUGUAAAAUAACAAGAAGUAAACGCAAGGAUAGCACAUCAGAUUUUCAAGAAAUUUUGAGCCAAGCAACAAUGGUUGUCUGUAAUCCACACAAUAAUAUUGGUAAAUAUUCAACCAUUUGCAUUCCAGGAAAUUUAAUGCAGCCACUCAGCGAUCAUGCACUUUAUAAGCUAAGUUUUCGAAUAAAUGGGUUAUCGAGUGUCGAUAUUGAAAAUAAAAAUAGUGAACAAGAAGAAAUCUCAAGUAAACGUCGCAAAGUGUUAAAAACCUUAGGAGCUGAAAUAAUUAUUAUUGAAAAGAAUACGGUACGUAUACCGGAAGCUGAUUACGAAUGUAUUCUACAAGAUAUUAAGUAUGACAAUCAUAAGUUGUUUUCACCAAAAAAGCGGGUUUGGGAAACUUUACCAGAGAAUUUCAAAACUGUACAAAGUGAAAUAACAGUGUUUAAAAACAUACCGUGUAUCAAAUUUCGUCUCCUUUGGGCUAGUAUGAAAUUACCUGCUAUAAUAGACCAAGAGGAGUUUAAUAGCAUUGCUAGAUUUACUCAGGUUAUAGAAAAUGGUGGAAACUUCGAAUUGGGUAACGAACAUAAAAAUGGAGUAUUAAAGGACUCGGAAAUAAAUCAUAACAACAAUUGUAUCAAAAACGGUAAUACUAAUGCCACAGAAAAAAUACAAAUUGUAUACAAUUUUCUGUAUAGUAAUAACACAAGACAGCAGACAGAAUAUACUGAAGCCGUAAACUGCCCAUGGUGUGACAUUAAUUGUUUACGCCUUUCAUCACUUGUAAAUCAUUUAAAAUAUAGUCAUGCCCGCUUUAACUUUGCAUGCCAAGGAGUUGGAAAUGGGGCACGAAUUGAUGUAACUAUUAAUGAUUCGUACGAUGGGUCAUAUGCUGGUUCACCACAUGACCUAGCUGGUCCAUCAGGCUGUUCAUUUGCUCGAACUUGCGGACCAGUGCGUCGAUCGUCAGUUACACAGCUUUUAGUAUAUCGUCCACGAAGACAAAAGACUUUAAUGAAUGAUAUCUUAUAUAUAGAUGAAGAUGAUGUCACUAACCCAAGAGCUUAUAUAAGUGGCCAUAACAGGUUAUAUCACCAUACAGAAACAUGUUUACCUGUGCAUCGCAAAGAAUUAGAUGAAGAUUCAGAACAGGAAAAUGAUCCAUUAUGGUUACAACAGAAGACUAUACAAAUGAUUGAUGAGUUUUCUGAUGUCAAUGAGGGUGAGAAGGAAUUAAUGAAGUUAUGGAAUCUGCAUGUAAUGAAACACGGAUAUGUGGGUGAUUGUCAAUUACCAAUAGCGUGUGAAAUGUUCUUGAAUGACUACUGCCAAGAGAUAAUAAAAAAAAAUUUGUAUCGCAACUUUACACUUCAUUUAUGCACUUUAUUUGAUUAUGGCCUUAUAUCUCCUGAAACAUUAUACAAAACAAUGCAAAAAUUGCAGAGUAUGGUUAGUAAAUAUGAGCCUGGACGAUCUAUGAUGUCUAAUCAGCGUAAGACACAAUUAAAAUAUUGGCAAGAAGUUGGCAAGUCUAAGCAGGAUGAACAAAAUCUUAAAACUAUUCAGAAGCAAAAUCUUGCAAAUCCUCCUGCAACUAAGAAAGAAAUAUCUGGAAAUAAUUUAGAUAGCAAGGUGAUGCAACCGCCUGUCAAACGAACUCCUACUAAUGCUCGUCGCAGUAAUGUACUUACUAAUAAUCCUAUAAAUCCACCUGACGUAUAUAGCAGUAGCAAUUCGAAAAGUGUUGCUAAAAAAUCCGUGUUGCAAGAUGAUGAUGUUUUCCCAUCAACCAGCAGAGAAAAACGCAAAACGGAUCUUUUACGAAAUACAGCUGGCGAUACACAAAAAAUAAACAAAAUCAAAACUGAAAAUGGAGCACCUACACAAGGUGUCAAACGUAGGUUAUCAAACAAAGCAGCGGAUGAUGAUUUUAAUGAUGAGAAGCGCCAAAAAGAAUGCGAUGAUAUAAAAAUAAGUUUACCGACAAACGCUAUGGAAAGCGUCAUUCAGGAAAAAUUUGAACUUAUUAAUUCGUUACAAGAAGCAGCUUUAAAUGAUUAAAAAAUUUAUUUGUAUGUUUUUUCCAAAUUUUUGUUGUAAUUUUCGGCAUAAAAUGUAGUAAAUAUGAUGUAGUUGAACUGCUGUAGUUAAUAAUUGAAUAACCUUAAUAAUUAUGAAA